GAACGGAAAUGAUAAGUUGAAAAAGGAGGGUAAAGGAAUAAGGCUGGUUACCUCGUAUGAAAGAAUAGAUUUUGAGUUGCCAGCUUGUCAAAAGAAAAAUUUACUUUUAUCGCAAAAUUCUUUAUUAAAAUAUCGUCAAGAAUUUGAUGAAAAUUAUGAAUGA